AUGGCUGUAAUUGAGGAAAUAACCGAAGAGCCAAUGGCUUCAAACGUUGAGGAACAGAAAGCAAAAGACGCUCGCGAGGCUGAUAAAUUAGUGGAAGCAGACCAUGAGGGUGAUGUAUUCUUUGAUAGCGAAGAGUAUCAGGCCGAGGAAUUAGAGAAAUUGAUCAAAGAAGCUGGAGAAUACAAAUCAAAGGGCAACGCAUAUUUUGCUCAAGGAAAUUACAUUGAAGCCAUUGCAGAAUACGAAAACGCUCUGAUGGUCUGCCCUCUAUCACUCAACAAGAACAGAGCCAUUUAUUUUGGAAAUAUAGCUGCGUGUCAUUUGAAACAGAACGAGUACAAAGAAGCGCGCGACAUGUGUACUCAAGCAUUGACAUUAGAUCCAAAGUACAUAAAAGCAUUGUUGAGAAGAGCACAAGCCAAUGAAAAGAUGGAUACAUCGACAUCACUCACAGAGUCUCUGGAAGAUUACAAGAAGCUGAAACAAGAAGCAAAAGACGCAUAUACCCUACGUGAAUGUCAACGAGCCGAGAGAGAGCUGCCCAACAAAAUCAAGGAUAAGACAGAGAAAGAGAAGGAAGAGAUGAUUGGCAAAUUGAAGGAUUUGGGCAAUUCAAUCCUGGGUAAAUUUGGUCUUUCAACAGACAAUUUCCAGUUACAACCAGAUCCUAAUGGAAGCGGAGGCUAUAGUAUGAAUUUUGUCAACAAAUAA